CUUAAAGUCCAAACCACAGACAAGCCGGGAGCCACUGUGAAUUUCCGCAAGCUGCUGCUAAACCGAUGCCAGAAGGAGUUUGAAAAGGACAAAGAUGAUGACGAGAUCUUUGAGAAGAAGCAGAAAGAGCUGGAGGCUGCCUCAGUGGCGGAGGAGAAGCAGCGGCUCAUUGAUGAGCUACAAGAGGCCAAAGACAAGGCCAGGAGGCGCUCACUGGGCAACAUCAAGUUCAUCGGCGAGCUGUUCAAGCUUAAAAUGCUCACAGAGGUCAUCAUGCAUGACUGCAUUGUAAAGCUGCUCAAAAACCAUGAUGAGGAGUCUCUGGAGUGCCUGUGUAGACUGUUGUCCACCAUUGGCAAGGACCUAGACUUUGAGAAGGCCAAGCCUCGUAUGGACCAAUACUUCAAUCAAAUGGAGAAAAUAAUAAAGGAGAGGAAGACCUCGUCCAGGAUCCGCUUCAUGUUGCAGGAUGUGCUGGACCUUCGACGGGUAACCACACAAAAAACACACACAU